AUGGGUGGACCACUACCUUUGGCAGGCAUGGAUGGAGGCAGGGAUGGAGGCCGGGGAGAGGGGGAUAGAGGUCAAGGAGGUGGCGAUAGAGGAAAAAUGGGUGGUAGAGAUGGAGGAAGACUAGCUGGGAGAUUUAGGGUUUGGGGUGGAGGUAGGGAGAGAAACAGCAGAGGCCAAAGAGGUAUUAAUUUUGGGCAAGUUUUUCCUAAUCCUUGUGUAUUGGCUUCUCAUGGGGGAGGUGACGAGGAGGAUUAUGAGGAUGAUGUGCCACUAAUUAGGCGCAAUGUCACUAGAGUCACAACACUACAGGCUCCAGUAAGUGGGGAUAGGGCUGAGGGACACGUGGGACAAGAGGAUGAGUUGAUGCAGGAUAUGCCAGAAGGGUAG